GAUCUUCUAUUCAUGACAAGGUUUCAUGCGUUACUGUUAAAUGAACAUCCAGUGAAGAUCCUGUUUUACUCUUACAUUUACAUUAGACCAUGGGAAUCAUCAUUGCAGUUAUUCAGACAAUAAUAUGGAGGCAGGCCUAAACUUCAUGUUUACAACCAGAGAAAAUUAUGAUCUCGGUCAGUUUUUCAGUGAGGUGUCAGCUCAGAUGGAGUGUGGGAGCCUUUCCUGCCCUGCCCUGCCCUCUGAGUCGUGCUGUCACUUAACAGUUGUUCAUUAACGCAUGGAAGACAGGUGCACCCGCCUGUACCAAAGUGGACGAUUAUUGCUCUGAGGCUUUCCUGAAAGGAACGAGUGGCGUGACAACUCCUGUUUUUCUUUUCAACUCAGAAUUUCUUUUGUAUUUACCAAAACUGUUUGGGGAUCCAGAUCUUACGCAAAGGAUUUUCUUCUUCUCUUCUCUGACUGCUGGACAACGAAUAAAGUGACGCUGUGAUUUCUGCCGCGUUACUGAAGAGCCCUGCCUGUUUCUCUUGCUGGACUUCAGUGGAGAGGAUCUGUUUUGGUGGAAUAUGUGAAAACGUGCUUUCAGAUUUCAGUUUAUUUAUGGACAUGUAGAAUCUGUGGAGAAGAAUUCUGAGAGAAAAAGUCAAGUCUCAAGAGUCGAGAUGUACAGCUUACACACUUUACAUUACCUGGGAGUGCUGGUAGUGGUGGUGGUCGGCAACCAGAUGCUGGAUGACUGUUUGUCAUCCAACCGUACCUACACCAUGAACGUUGUACUGCUGGAAGACACCACUUACGCAUGGAGUCUUAGUCUUGUGCAGGCGGCUGUGGAACGUGCAAUUGAACAGGAUAAACAGGAGAACAUUAAAGAAGGUUUAGACUUCACUCUCACGGCUAACUACAACGGGUUCAACACCACUUUCUACAACCGGCAGGGCUGUGGGAGCAGCAGCUGUGAAGGUGUGGAUAUCCUUAAGAAGCUAUAUAAUAAAGGUGAAGUUGGAUGUGUCAUGCUGGGGCCAUCCUGCACUUUCGCCACCUAUAAUUUAGUAGAUGAAGAAAUUGGCUUGAUCCUGAGCAUUCCCAUCAUCUCUGCUGGGAGCUUCGGCCUCUCCUGUGACUACAAGCCCAAACUAACCCGACUUCUGCCUCCGGCGCGGAAGAUCUCAGAUUUUUUCCUCAACUUUAUGAAUGAAACGCUGCCAUUUAAGAGCCCCUGGCAGAGAACCUUUGUCUACAAGAAGGCUGUCAAUUACACUGAGGACUGCUUCUGGUACAUCAACGCACUGGAUGCAGGCUCUGAAAACUUCGCCUCAGCGAUGGACAGAGAGAUGCUGCAUUCAGAGGAGGAUCUGAUUAAGCAGCUUCAGAAUGAGGAAAGGCAUAGCAACAUUUUCAUCCUAUGUGGGAACACUGAUGACAUUGUUUCAAUCAAGGCGAAGGCUGGCCAGAUUGACAAAGACAUCCUGUUUAUUCUCCUUGAUGUUUACAAUCCUGAGUAUUAUAAAAACACAACAUCCCCUGCAAGUAUGGAUAAUGUCUUAGUGGUGACUUUGCCAAAGAGAAACGACGACUAUGGAUCAAAUUCUACAUUCAACGACACGAUAAAUGACUAUGUGGCUGGAUAUUAUGAUGGAACUCUGCUGUUCGGCAAAGUGCUCAGAGAGAGGAUGCUCAACAAGCGACAAAACAUGCGAUCCAAUGAUGUGCCUCUGAGUUACAACCCAUUUGGAAACACCUCUUUUGAUGGUAUAGGAGGACACUACGUGCUUGAUGAGUAUGGUGACAGAGAUGUUAACUUCUCUAUCAUUUACACAUCAGUUGACACUAAACAGUAUGAGACUCUGUUAGUGUUUGAUACAUCAAAAAAUGCAACCAUCGAGAAGAUGCUAAACCCUGCGCUGUUUUGGGAAGAUGGCCAACUGCCCAGUGACAUGCCAGUAGAUGCAAACGUCAUGAAUACGCAGGAUGUGAUUGUGAUUGUUCUGAGUCUCAGCGUUGUGGUGGUGACGGCCAUCGCUCUCAUCUUCUACAGGCAGAACAGGAAAGAACGUCACAUACAGAAGAAGUGGUCUCACAUUGACUCACACCUGAUCAGUCCUCUGGAUGAGAGGGAGGUCUCUUUGAAGAUUGAUGACGAUAAGAGGAAGGACAGUACGUACUUCAGUCAUCGAGGCCGCUACGACAAGAAGCCUGUAAUCUUGAAAGAGCUGAUACACACAGAUGGAGACUUCAGUGAGAACCAAAGAAUUGAACUUAACACUCUGCUGCGUAUCGAUUACUACAACCUGACCAAAUUUUACGGCACGGUGAAGUUUGAGUAUGGUGUUUUUGGGGUGUUUGAGCUGUGUCAGAGGGGCUCCCUCAGGUACAUUCUGAAUGACAGGAUCUCCUACCCAGAUGAAACCUUCAUGGACAUGGAGUUUAAGAUAUCAGUCAUGUAUGACAUAGCAAAGGGCAUGUCGUACCUCCACUCCAGUAACAUUGAGGUCCACGGGCGCCUCAAGUCCACCAACUGCGUGGUCGACAACCGCAUGGUGGUCAAAAUCACUGACUUUGGCUGCCACACUAUCCUGAGACCAGGCAGAGAUGUGUGGACUGCCCCCGAGCAUCUGCGUAAAGACGGGGUGUCUCAAAAAGGAGACGUCUACAGCUACGCCAUCAUUGCCAAUGAGAUUGUUGUGAGGCAAGCCCCGUUCUACACACAGUUUUGCUCUAAUACUGCAGAGAAAAUCUACAGAGUGCAGUAUCCAAGUGCGACAGUCUUCAGACCUGACCUCAACUUUGAGGGUGCAUCAGAACGGGAGAUUGAGCUAUACAUGCUGAUAAAGAACUGCUGGGAUGAAGACCCAGAACGGAGGCCGGAUUUUAAGAAAAUAGAGUUAACACUGGGAAAGAUUUUCAGUAACCUGCACAACCAAGCCACGGAGACGUACAUGGACAACCUCAUCCGCCGUCUGCAGAUGUACUCCAAGACUCUGGAGAAUCUGGUGGAGGAGAGAACCUCUUUGUACAAAGCUGAGCGGGACAGAGCAGAUCGCCUCAACUUUAUGCUGCUUCCUGGCCCAGUGGUGCGUUCUCUGAAGGAGACAGGCAGAGUUGAACCAGAGCUGUUUGAGGAGGUGACCAUCUAUUUCAGCGACAUUGUGGGCUUCACCACCCUCUGCCACUACAGCACCCCCAUGGAGGUGGUCGACAUGCUCAACGACAUCUACAGGAACUUUGACAGCAUUCUCGAUAACCAUGACGUCUACAAGGUUGAGACAAUAGGAGAUGCAUACAUGGUUGCAUCGGGUUUGCCCAAACGCAACGGCAACAGGCAUGCAGUGGACAUUGCCCACAUGGCCCUGGACAUCCUCGCUUUUGUGGGGACUUUUGAGUUGCAGCACCUCCCUGGGAUCCCUCUGUGGAUUCGUAUUGGUGUGCAUUCAGGUACCAGACAUAGAUAA